GCGCAAUUUAUGGCUGAAUAGCCAAUUGAACAGGAUAUACUCAGCUACGCAUUUUUGAUGUUUCAACAUGUUUGUUUGUAUUUUCUGUCACUAUUUCGGAAUUUUUUCAUAGGUGUCUUCCUAUAUCCCGUGAUGUGAAAACGAUGAGCUACUCCUCAAAACUUGUGAAGGGCGCACUCCGAUACCGGACAGCGAAAACUCUAGAGACUGUAUUCGGUACCAAUAUUUCAGCUGACCCAGACGGGUCGUCAUCCAGUGCCACAUCCAGACUGAAGUUACACCCAUGCUUCCUGUCGCUCCCAGCAUUGGCUCUUCCAGCACAAUUAGACAGGGCAGCUAUCAACUACCUUCGUGAGCAUUCGCUGUCCUCCCCUAGGGCGAUCGAAAAUCGCGCUGAACUUAUGAAUAAUUACCUCUGGUCACGCCAACUGUCAUUUGAUACUCAGGCCAUUCAUCGUAAAUUGAGUUCUGACGGGAGUGUACCGGAAAUCGGAGAUGUUGACGCAUGUGAUUCCGAGUUAGCUCAAGCUGUUGAAUGUCAUCCUGAAGAACAACUUACUCAACUUCGUAAAGGAGCUCUGAGGAAGGUGAAGCAAGAGGCCCUUGAUGAGUGGAAAUCACUAACAUAUUCAGGACACAAUUGUGAACUUUAUCUGACCGCGCGUCUGGCACCGAACUUUGCGUCUGUCUGCCGAGUAUUGUAUGAAAUUCGAAAACGAUGUCCGAAGUUUAUCCCCCGCAAUUUGUUUGACUUUGGUUCGGGAUUGGGUACGGUCACAUGGGCUGUCAAUACUGUAUGGCCGGUUGGUUGUGUGAAGGAGCACCUGAUGUUCGAACCCUCAGCUGAUAUGACCAGAUUGUCGGAGUUUAUGUUACGGAAAAACCUCGUUGUCAAAUCCCCAGAAACCAUUUUCCCCGGCGUUUAUCACAGACGUUUUAUGCCAUCUAGUUCACAACAUUAUGAUCUAGUCGUUAGUGCUCACAGCUUGAUGGAAUUACCGGGAACGAAAUCGCGCCAUCGCGUUUUAUCGAAUCUGUGGAACAGAACCACCGAUUUCCUCGUCCUGGUUGAGCAAGGAACAAAGGCGGGCUUUGCUGCAAUCCUGGAGGCUCGUGACUGGCUGGAGAAGAACGAGCCCUCAACGGAGUUGCUAUCGUACCUGGUCGUUUCUCGUGGGGACUGGAGACGACACCAGAGUCCCGUGAUCGAGGAAGAUCCACAGUUCCUUCCCCGGCUUGUGUCCUACGGUUCGACCUCAGAAAAGGUUCUCAUUCAUGACAUUUGUUUGCCCGAUGGCAGUGUGGAGAGGACGUCAUUUUCAAAAAAAUCCACAGACAAACCUCUCUACUACUAUCUGAGACAUGCGAAAGCAGGUGAUAUUUUGCCUUGUGUCCAAAGAACUGAUUUUGAAAUGGAUGGUAUACCGGACCCCGUCGUUAACGAAGAUUGAAUCGACCUAACUCCCUUAUUUUAUUUAUCCCUUGUGCCCCGUAAAGAUUUUUUCCUGUGGUACAAACGGGAUAUCUUUGUACAUUAUCUCUUCCGGAAUGAUCUUCUGAAUGGGUUGUUAGUCAAGUCAUCUUCAUUUGGAUAAAUGUUACUCGAUUG